AUGUCAAAGGCAACAAACGACGAGUUGCCGCACUCCGCCCCACUCGUCGAAUUCCUCAACACACUCCCGUCGCCCCUCACAACCACACUCGCCGGCCUCUCUCCGGCCAUUGCUAGGACGCGCCAUUUGCUGCAGAUACUCACUUGGAGGGCAUCAUGGCAGAAUUGCUGGCUCGCGCUUGCGCUUUGGUGGGCUGUAUGUCUGAUUCCUGAAAUAGCCGUCAGAUAUGUCCUACCACUCUUCGUACUCUUUCUCUUCAUCCGCGCGCGACUCUACCCCGCCCCUCUUUCCGCCACGCCGCCCGUGACAGAAGACACUAUCCAACGCGCAAUCGCCGACCUCACCACCAUCCAUGCCCUCCUCCCGUCUCUACCCUCGCUGCGACCCACCUCCGCUUUCCUCUCCCCACAGGCCAUCCCUUCACCCCCUGUUCUUAUACGUGUCCUCGCGCUGCUUCUUGUACCCUAUCUCCUCCUUACUCACCUGAUCCACCUCCGUGUUCUCCUCGCUCUGGCGGGAACCGUCGUCUUCACCUGGCGCGCUCGCUGGGCCGCUCUCGUCCGCACAGCACUAACUCGCAGCGCUCACCUCCGCUGGCUCACCUACCGCAUUCUCGCCCGCCUCACCGGGUUUCCACUGCCCCUCGCCACCCGUGGCCGCUCUCCCCAGUCACAAGCCGACGCGCGUAUUGCGUCUGCCACUUCCUCUUCAAAGCUCCUCGGCAAGACCACCACUUCCGAUCCCGCACAGGAUUUCGACGGCGGUCUUCUGCCCGAAACCUCUGUCCGCUUCCUCUUCACCCUCUACGAAAACCAGCGCUGGUGGAUGGGCCUCGACUGGACUGCCGCGCUCCUCCCUGGCGAACGGCCCUCUUGGUGUUCCUCCUCACAGCAACCUGCUGCCCCACCCUCAGCAUUCUCCUUGCCGGCUGCGACGACGGUUUACACCCCGACUCCAGACGGCAACCCGAACAAGCGCGUGAAGCGCACGGCACGCUGGCGGUGGGAAGAACCGGAAUGGCGCGUCGUCGUACGCAAGGAGGGCGCGAGUGGGAGCGUCCGGGUCGAACGACCCGUCCCGAGUGCGAAAGAGGAGAGUGUGGCGGCGGUGGGCGCGAGCCGGAUCUUGAAGGCGGCGGGGAAGAUGCGCGGGGGCAGUCUCGACGCGUCGGCGGCGGUGGCGGCGGGACAGGGCGCUAAGAAAGAGGAGAAGGAAGGGAGCAAGGAGCGCGAGUCAGACGAGCACCGGACGGACGACGACCACGAGGGUGAUCACACGCAUGGCGCGGACGGGGCGGACGAGAAGGAGGACGAGGACGAGCCAUGCACGGACGCGGACGGGUGGAUGUAUGCGGACAACAAGUGGGAGUACACGAGUAGCAAAGGCGGGAUGGGCAAGUACACAAGGUACCGGCGGUGGACGCGCGUCGCUGUCCUUACGGAGAGCAUCGAGAUCGUCGGUCCUGGCGAAUUAGGUGUGCAACGCGACGAGCCUUUUUCGCCCUCUUCGAGCGUCAGCAGCAACGACAGCCUCCCCCUCGUACCGAAACCAGUAUCCCCAGUCCUCUCAACGCUCCCACUCUCUCCACGGGGCGUCAUCGAGAACGGGAACGCGCCCGAAGGGGGGUCUUUAUCCGGACACGCACGAACAGAUUCCGGGUCGGAAAAUACGUCGAAAUUGGCACAGAGGCUAAAGGCGGCGGUUAAGGGUGCGGCGGGAAACGGGUAG